AUGGAUGCCAAAAUGAACGAAAAUAGUGAUCUAAGUGAAUUUGAUGACAGUGACGCUGACCCUGAUUAUCAAAAUUCAAGCUCAUCAUCGGAAAAACAAGAAAAUUUAGAGAAUCAGAAGAGAAAAUCAAACCUACCAGAUCUUCAAGAACCCAACCAGCUCUACCAUAGCCCUAUACCUCUGCCCAAAGAAAAGUGUGCUGAUCUAAAAGUUCUAAUGAAAUUCUGUGAAGAAGAGGGAUCUAAAGAGCACUACAGCCAACUUCUCUCUGCUAACCGGCCUGUACUAGAACCAGAAUCAGAUGAUGAUCAAAGUGAUUUUUAG